AUGGGAUUACAGCUACAAGUCCAGUCUAUCAAGAUGAGACUUACUCCAAGGGAUACAUUAGCUCACCAUGCACAUGAGAGACAUCCAUAUGAGAGACACUCAGACAGCUAUGGUCAAUCAGCUCCUAAUCCUGUGGACAAACCAAGCUUCUUGACCCCACAACAGUACGCAGAUUACGCUCAGCCUGAGACGCAUCAGCCAUACCACCCAGUGCGCCCUCCUUCUCUUCCAUAUCCUCAUGUAGAGCCCACCUACAGAGGUCCUAUUCCCACCAUUCCUCAUUUUUGCAGUGAAGAUCCCAGACAGUUUGCACGACUCAAUUUCACUGGAGAAUUUGCUACCUGCCGAGGCUACAGAACGUUUCAAAGUAAACCAGCAAGUGUUUCAGCAGUCAAGAAGGAGAAACCGACAAAGUACUGCCCCUUCUGUAACACUGUGCAGCAUUACUUCAAUCAGUGCGCUAAUUUCAAACUGCUGGAUCAAGUGGAGUCUUGGCUGAAGUCAAAUCAGAAGUGCUUUAGGUGUGGCUGUGAUCACCAGAUCCCACAAUUUGCUGCAGAAGAAAUACAGAUAUCUACAAGGUCUGCCCAUUCCCUCAAUACAGCAGGCUCAACCACUCUUACUCAUUGGCUCAGAUUAUCCACAUUUAAUCACAGCUACGGAGCCAGUACCUCUCGGAACUCCUGGCGGUCCUGCUGCUGUGAACCAGACUCGGGUGGACUCUGCAGGGCCCCUCAAAAGUCAUCUCUUACCACAACAGUGUCUAUUAACCUCCACUUUGUCAGCAGAAGCCGAACUGUUCAACAAUGUACAGAAAUUGUGGCAAAAUGGACACACUUCCGUAUAGGAGUGAGACACAGAAGGCAAGACACAGAAGCGGUGCAAAUCCUUGAGGAGAAAACAAUCAGGGUGGCAGUUGGAGACAUUCAAAGGUAUGCAACACCUCUACUCUGGAAAAUAAAUCUUCCACCUUUGCAAUCAGCUAAAGAAGCGGUAACAGCCCAUUUAAGAAGCACAGAAAAACGCCUUUUGCAGAACACAGAUCUUGCUUCAGUGUAUGUUAAAGAAGUGCACAAACUUGAAAAGGGAGGCUCUAUCUCAAAGCUGACACCAGAGGAGACCGAUAAAAGCCGAUGGAAUCAAGAUCCACAGUUCUUAACCCAGUCAGUUAGUUGGCCCAAACAGCCUCAUGAUGUUGUAAGCGAUGACAUCCAAGAACACCGCAGUUGUACUUUCUGUGGAGCGCUAUCCAGUCAAACUGAUAUCCCAGAUAUCUCUCAAUACAAUUCACUUCAAGAUCUGAUUAAGGCUACUGCUGUUUCCCUUCAUGGGGCGUCAGACGAAAGUGAACUCUCUGCUGACGACUAUACUCAAGCUGAACAGGAACUUCUGAGAUGUGCUGAAGUUGAAAGCUUCCCAGAAGAAAUAGCCCCACUCCAGUUAGGUAAACCUGUAUCUCACUCUAGUCGUCUUCCAACUCUAGCCCCAGAGUAUGAUCACAAAGCCAAAUUAGUCAGAGUAGGUGGACGCCUCCGCAGAUGUAAGCACUUGGACUCAGACACUCUACACCAUAUUGUCUUAGAUCCUGCUCACCCUCUUGUAAAGCUUCUGAUUCAACAUCACGACAACCUCCUGUUACAUCCAGGACCUGAGCGUGUGUUCGCAGAACUGAGAUGAAAAUAUUGGAUCGUGAGAGGCAGUAAAAAGACACCAGCACAGCUGCUUUGAAUCUUUCUAUUCAAUGGGCAUUGACUGUUUUGGACCCUUCCAGGUUAAGUUUGGAAAAACGUUGGGGAAUACUGUACAAGUGCCUUACUACCAAAGCUGUUCAUAUUGAGCUUCUAUCGAGCAUUGACACAGACUCCUUUCUCAUGUCGUUAAGAAGGUUCAUAGCUUGCAGAGGGAAACCAUAUGAAGUGCUUUCUGAUGACGGCACAAAUUCCAAAGGAGGUAUUGCAGAACUUCAGAAUGCCUUCAAUGCACUCCACCCAAUCUUGAAAGAGAAUCUGACUUCUCAGCAGAUUAACUUCCGUCUAAACCCACCAAAUGCACCGCGUUUUGGUGGAUCUUGGGAGAGAGAUGCACUGCGUACCUCUCUCGGUUCUCAAUCUGUACCAAAGGAAGUACUGAACACGGUACUUGUGGAAAUGGAGGGAAUAUUGAACUCCAGACCAUUGGGAUGUUUCCUUAGUCAUAGCAGAUAUAGACCCAGUGGCACAUAAUUCCCUCCUCGUGGGAUGUCCAUCUUCUGGAUUACCACAAGUUGUUUAUCCAGAAUGGCAAAUGCUCAGUCGUAGGAGAUGGCGUAUAGCCAGAUUCUAAUUGAAAAUUUCUGUAAAUGUUUCAUACGGCAUUACCUCCCCGACUUGCAACGACGACACAAAUGACAAAGAGAAUUAGACAACCUUCAAAUUGGUGAAGUUGUGAUGAUUGUGGACCAGCAAGCACCCAGAACCUUAAUAGAUUGUUUCAAGUUUUUGGUGAAGAUUUCUCAGAAAUUUUUAUAGGGGGUGUGAAAUAUAAUUUUUCAAAAAGAAGGAAUAUGUGUCUGUUAAAUUAUUUAACAGGAACUGUGAAAUUGGCAAUAUGGAAAACCAGGAAAAAUCAAGGAUUGCAGCUUAAUAGUAUUAAUGUUGAAAUGAUGUUUAUGAAAUUAGUGGCUGGUAGACUAAAAAUAUAAUUUGCAUACUAUAGUCUUGUAAAUAAUGAGAAGGGUUUCAGUGAUCUGUGGUGUGUUGAUGCUUUGUGUGUUGUUUACGAUGGAAAUCUGGUUUUGGAAUUUUAAUGUGUUUUUUUUUUUUUUUCAUAGAUACAAAUAUGUUAAUAGUUGAAUAAAUGUUUUAAAUAAAGUUUUGUAAACCUCUUUCUCUCUGCUCUGCGUGUU